AUGAACCACUUCCCCGAAGCCUGGGGUCGGCCCAGAGAUGAUGUCUACGGACCCUACAACGCCUCAUACCUUCAGACGACUGGCCCAAAAGCCCACACUCAGUCUCCGGCUGUGACGGGAACGUCCGUAAUAGCCGUCAAGUUCAACGGCGGAGUCGCGAUUGCGGCCGAUAACCUGGCAUCAUACGGAUCCCUCGCUCGCUUCACCGAUGUGAAACGCCUCCGCGUGUUCAGCGACUCGGCCAUUGUCGGGUUCAGCGGCGACGUGUCCGACAUGCAGUACAUCGACCGUCUGCUGCAAUCGAUUGAUAUCCGCGAGAACUACUCCUCCCACGGCAACAUGCUCAACGCGAAGAACCUCCACACCUACCUGUCGAAGGUGCUAUACAAGCGUCGUUCGGAGUUCAACCCGCUCUGGAACCACCUCCUCGUCGUCGGUUUUGACGGCGACAAGAAGCCGUUCUUGAGCUCUGCUGACCUCCUCGGAACCACAUAUUCCGCUCCCCAUCUCGCGACCGGCUUCGGCGCCCACCUGGCCAUCCCCAUCCUCCGUCGCCUCUUCCCGGAGGAGAGACCCGUCGAGCAAAUCACCAAAGAGGAGGCAGUGGCGGCCUUGCGGGAAUGCCUGAAGGUUCUCUGGUACAGAGAUGCGCGGAGUCUUGACAAGUACUCGUUAGCUAUCAUAACCGAGGGGGGAAUUGAGAUGCAUGAGGAUCAGCGGCUGGAAGCUCAGAGCUGGGCUUUCGCGGAAUCCAUCAAGGGAUAUGGGGCUCAGACUGUCUAA